AUGGUAUCCACACCACCAACUGAGGUUUUCGCUGAACUCCGCUUCUUUGUCUACAACAAGAAGAAAAACAAGUAUUUUACUAUUCAAGAUGUACAAGUAAAGCGGUUCAAUGCGCUCAAAAUGGUGUGGGGAUUGCAACAAGUGCUUCCAUAUGAUACAUUUAUUAACCCUGAGGAUGGAUACAUCUUUGAGGGAGGUCAAUGUGAGUUUGGUGUUGAUGUUCUUGUUGCUCCGCCUCUUACCAAUUGGGAGAUCAUUUCUUUUGAUGAGAAAAUCCCUAAUAAGUUCUCUUGGACUCUUGAGAAUCUUUCUAAGUUGAAAGAGACUGUUUACACAUCCAAAAGUUUUCAAUUGGGAGGAAGGAAAUGGAUUCUAAAGCUGCAUCCGAAGGGUGACUCUAUAUCAGAUGGCAAACAUUUAUCCCUUUAUCUUCAUUUAGCUGAUACUGAAACACUAAAAUCAGAUGAGAAGAUAUUCACGCAAGUACAUUUGCGAGUUCUAGACCCGCUUGGCUCCAAACAUAUGGGAUACCAAUUAAAACACUGGCACGAGAAAUCAAACUUGGGUUGGGGGUGGAAACACUUUUUGGCUUUAGCUGAACUUCGGAAGACUUACUUGGACAAAGACGACACUUUGAAUGUUGUGGCCGAAUUCAAAAUUGUUUCUGCAACCAAAUACUCUCACAUCAUCUAA